CCAGAGAGCAGCGACUACACUGAGGCCGAGGUUCUACCCGACUCCUUCCCAUCAGCACCGGCAGAACCUCUUCCAGAAUUCCUGCUGGAACCAGAGGACGCUUUCAUCGUCAAGAACCGACCAGUCCAGCUGCGCUGCCGGGCUUCACCAGCCACUCAGAUCUACUUCAAAUGUAAUGGAGAAUGGGUCAAUCAAAACGAUCACAUUACCAGAGAGAGCCUGGACCAGAUUACAGGUCUGGUGGUGAGGGAAGUGGACAUCUCAGUGUCGAGGACCCAGGUGGAGGAACUGUUUGGGCUGGAGGACUACUGGUGCCAGUGUGUGGCCUGGAGCUCAGCUGGCACCACUAAGAGCAACCGUGCCUACGUUCGCAUUGCAUACCUGAGGAAGAACUUUGAGCAGGAGCCUCUUGGGCGGGAGGUGCGACUCGAGCAGGAGGUGCUGCUGCAGUGUCGACCCCCGGAGGGCAUGCCCGCUGCUGAGGUGGACUGGUUGAAGAAUGAGGAUGUCAUAGAUCCAUCGCAGGACUCCAAUUUCCUGAUCACGAUUGAUCACGAUCUGAUCAUCAAACAGGCCAGACUGUCGGACACGGCUAAUUACACCUGCGUGGCUCGUAACGUGGUGGCCAAAAGACGCAGCAGCACGGCUACUCUCAUCGUUUAUGUGAGCGGAGGUUGGUCUUCUUGGACUGAAUGGUCAGAGUGUAAUGCUCGGUGCGGGCGGGGCUGGCAGCGUCGAACACGCAGCUGCACCAAUCCUGCUCCUCUUAAUGGAGGAGCCUUCUGUGAGGGCCCACCCGUCCAGAGAGUAACUUGCACCACACUGUGCCCAGUGGACGGAGGCUGGACAGAGUGGGCAAAGUGGUCGGCCUGUGGGACAGAGUGCACCCACUGGCGCAGCCGUGAGUGCCAAGCCCCCCCACCCAUAAACGGAGGAAAGCACUGCAGCGGCAGCAUGAUGGAGAGCAAAAACUGUACCGAGGGGUUGUGUGCACGAAAUAAAAAGAUUUCUAUUGAACAUGCAAGCCAUCCUCUGGCCCCAGGUAUGGGUGUAGCGGUCUACACUGGUCUGGUGGUGGCCCUGCUGCUGAGUGUGAUAAUGGUGCUGUGCGUGGGGGUGCUCGCAUACCGUCGCAGAUGCCGCCAUCUCCACGGAGACAUCACCGAUUCCUCGUCUGCGCUCACCGCCGCGUUCCACCCUGGCAACUACAAGCCUCCCAGACAGGAUAACCCUCACCCUCUGCAUCCUUCAGCUCCUCCGGAUUUGACAGCCACAGCGGGGGCUUUCCGUGGGCCGCUCUUCUCCCUGCAGCAGGGGGUCAACGACAGCCCCCACAAAAUCCCCAUGACCACCUCCCCCUUGCUGGACCCGCUGCCCAGCCUCAAAAUCAAGGUGUAUAACUCCUCCACGCUUUCAUCCCUGGAGCUUCCCGCUGACAUGUGCAUCAGUGACGGAGAGAUCCUCAGCCUGAAGUCGGUGGGUACUGUGGGUAGAGAUCGGGAAUAUCCCAGCCACACGCUGUCCAGAGAGCCGGGCUUGAGUACCAGCGCCACCCUGGGAAAUCUGGGAGGACGUCUUACCAUCCCCAAUACAGGUGUGAGUUUGCUGGUCCCCCCUGGUACGAUCCCUCAGGGGAAGUUCUACGAGAUGUACCUCAUCAUCAACAAGUGGGACAAAACAACGUUGCCCUCUGAAGGCAGUCAGACUGUACUGAGUCCUGUGGUGAGCUGUGGUCCAUCUGGUAUGCUUCUGAAUCGCCCCGUCGUCCUUACCUUGCCCCACUGUGCCCAGUUAGACACGCCUACACCUGACUGGACGCUCACACUCAAGACACAAACACACCAGGGGGCAUGGGAGGAGGUGCUGACUGUCGGGGAGGAGACCUUGUCGUCUCCGUGCUACCUGCAGCUGGAAGAGGAGUGUUGUCACGUUCUCAUGGAGCAGCUGGGAACAUACGGCCUUGUGGGCCAGUCCUGCCCUCCACAACCUGCCUGCAAGCGCCUGCAGCUGGCUCUCUUUGCCCCCCGAGCACCAUGCCUCUCUCUGGACUACAGCCUCCGGAUCUACUGUAUCCAUGACACCCCACAUGCACUCAAGGAGGUGCUGGAUUUGGAGAGAAGUCUAGGCGGAGUUUUGCUGGAGGAUCCCAAGCCGCUGCUCUUCAAAGAUAGUUACCACAAUCUGCGCCUGUCCAUCCACGACAUUCCUCACUCUCACUGGAGAAGCAAACUUCUGGCCAAGUAUCAGGAGAUCCCAUUCUAUCAUAUUUGGAGUGGCAGUCAGAGGCCACUGCACUGCACCUUCAGCCUGGAGAGAGGCAGCCUGGCUGUGUCGCAGCUCACCUGUAAGAUCUGCGUCCGACAGGUGGAAGGGGAGGGACAGAUAUUCCAGCUGCUCACGGACAUCCAGGAGACUCUACCACCACACUCACCGCUCCCCUCGGGAGGCUCCUGCCUACCUUCCUCUCAAGUGGGACCGUAUGCCUUUCGCUUGCCUGACUCCAUCCGCCAUAAGAUCUGUGCCAGUUUGGAUGCUCCCAGCGCUCGAGGCUGUGACUGGAGACUACUGGCUCGCAGUCUGGGCUUUGACAGGUAUUUGAACUACUUUGCCACAAAGCCCAGCCCCACAGGUGUUCUACUGGACUUAUGGGAAGCUUGUCACCAAGGUGACGCAGACCUGGUCUCUCUGGCGACCGCACUGGAGGAGAUGGGCAAAAGUGAGGUGCUAGUUGUCAUGACAACAGAUGGCGAUUGUUGAUUGGUCAAGAAACAAGAGCACAAGCAAGACAUUUUUUUUCACCCCCGUGAUGAAAAUAAGAAUACCUGCCUAUGAAUAUGCACAACCUGGCACAAAUCACACGGAGCAUUUUGAUUGCUUCACAUGUACUGUAUUACCUCUGCCUCAUCUCCCUUCUCACCUGCCCAUAAUCAGCCACUGUAGCCACCAUAACCCAUUCACAUGCAGGCUAUCGAACUGCUAACUUGAUUUAGUUUAAAUUCUCCAAAGCAAUGUUGCAUCUGCAAGAUGUGAAACCAAUUUGAGGGUAUCAAGGCGUAAAAUGGGUGUUAGAGUCACCUGUCAAAUGUGGUGUUCUUCAAAAAGCAAAAAUGGCAUUAUUCUUGUAUAUAAAUAACAGUGCUUUGGGACAAACAAACAAAAGAAAAGUCCAUGUAUUCAACACACUGAAGCACGCACAAUAACACAGACGCUAACAUGGGAUUAGCCAUGUUUCAGUAGCAGCAUGAAAGUGCAUGAUUUAACACCAUCUCACCUUAUGGCAGGGGCUUUUGUUUUCUCCAUUUUCAUUCUGUGUGUGCAGUGAAUGACAGGCAGGACCGACCAGCCUGCAGCCUCUCCGGGCUACACACACUCUCCAAAACACACACACACAGACAAAGUGGUCAUUAAUCGUCUUUGAAUCAGACAGGCUAGGAUUUCUUGUCCAACCACUUCGACUGACAAAUCGUCAAAGGAUCGAACCCUCAAGGUCUGAAACAUAAAAAAGUUGCCUCUUUUUUGUGGUAGGAGGGUGGAUUGUGAAGUUUUCUUUUUCCUGUUUUUUUUUUUUUGUUUUUUUUUGUUUUUUUACAGAAUUGGCGAAGAAAAAAAAACUAGACUGACUCUUUAUAUUGUACCAAGAAAUGCC